CAGCUAAUUUCAGUGGUCAAAUUCGGUUACUUUCGCCAAUUUUUAAAAGCCAUUGUCGUGGAUUUUAAAAUGAAAUAUACGCAGAGUUAACAACAAGUGCUAAUUAUUUAUUGAAAUUAUAUAUAGUACAAAGGCAAUCGAUUUGAAGCUGGGAAGUAGAAAAAUCGAAAUGCGUUAAAUGUCAAGGACAACGGAAAAGCCUCAACAAAAGGGAAAACUGCAGCGAGAGAGAGAAAGAGAAAGUUUUGAGGAAAAAGAGGGCAAAUACUUGCAAGCAGGCUCAAACAUGUCGAAUCCCUUGCACGGAAGACCGCCGAAUAGUUCUAGUUCGGUCUCCUCGUCCACGUCAUCGUCCUCCUGCGCCUCCUCGCCAAUUUCGGUGACCGUGCAGCCUGGGAAUGCUGGACACCUCAGCUCCUCGUCCUCGUCCUCGUCCUCCUGCUCCCCCUCCUCAGUGGGCGGCGGAAACGUCAAGGACAAGAUGGGACUGCCGCCGGUCUACCUCAAUCUCAAUGAUCAGGCCAAGGAUCAGGUCUCGUCCUCCUGUUCGCCGCUGCAAAACUGGGACGACACCCGCACCGCCGACGUCUGGCUGUCCUCGCUGCACAGCGUCAUCUUCAUCAUCACCUGCGCCCUGGCCGCCUUCAUUCUGUUCCGCAACGUGCUCACCUGGCAUCUGCAGAGCUUUUGGGGCGCCUCCGGGGACUUCUGGCAGUCGCAGUGGGACAAAUUCAUCGACUCGUUUGGUGACGAGCCCAUGGUGCUGUGGGUCUUUGGCACCACUAUUUUCACGAUGAUCGUUUACUGGACCGUGGGCACACUGUACACCUUCAUGGACCUGACCAACCGGCCCGCCUGUCUGCGCAAAUACAAGAUCCAGCCGGGCACCAAUGAGCCCGUGGAAUUGCGUCGCCUGCUUAAGGUGAUCUGGUGCGUGGUGUGCAACCAAAUACUGGUGGGCAUACCUUUGGCCUAUGCCAGCUACCGGCUAAUGGAGAUUCGCGGCCUGAGCGACAUCCGCGACCUGCCCACAUUCCACUGGGUCUGCUUCGAGCUGACCGUCUGCAUCCUGAUGGAGGAGCUGGGCUUCUACUACUCGCAUCGCCUGCUGCACCACAAGCACAUCUACAAGUACAUACACAAGCAGCAUCACGAGUGGACGGCCCCCAUCUCGGUGACGGCCAUCUAUUGCCAUCCGAUCGAGCACAUCUUCAGCAACCUCCUGCCGCCCUUCCUGGGCGUCUUUCUUAUGGGCAGCCAUGUGGCCACCGCGUGGCUGUGGUUCGCCCUGGCCAUCCUGUCGACUCUCAACGCCCACUCCGGCUACCAUUUGCCGUUCUUUCCCAGUCCCGAGGCCCACGACUUUCACCACCUCAAAUUCAACAACUGUUUCGGUGUGCUGGGCGUUCUAGAUCGCCUCCACGGCACCGAUUCCCUUUUCCGGGCCACCAAGUCGUAUGCGCGACACAUCAUGAUGCUGAGCUUCAAGCCGCCCCGCGAUGCUUUCCCCGAUCCGAUGAUGAAGUGAGCACAGGAAUAACAGGAAUAGAACAGGAACAGGACAGGCACAGCAAGCAUUUCUCAAUCUCUGUGUAUACAAAUUUUAAUUGUGAUAUGAUAUGACAAGGCAGAUCCUAUUUUGUACACCUCACAUAUGCAGUCGCUGUGCAGACUAGAAUCCCUAGAAUAUACCUAGAGUCCCUAGCACACGCGAGCACCGCUCCCAGAGCGAAUACC